GUAACACUCGGGAGGUGAGCUUCGAUUCUGAUUCAGGCUGACCACCUAUGGAUCUUCGAUAAUCAUAAUAAACAUGGAGGAUUAUCAUUCGGCCAGCGGUAGCUGAAUAUCCGUCAUGAAUUUUUUGUACCCUUAUUCUUAAAAGGGGCAACUCGAGUAUUAAACCUUGUUGGUCCCCCUACUACCCUCCCCUCUAUCCCUCUCUGCACAAUCUCUCCUUCACACUCUAUACCCUUUGAUAUCAUCAUUUGUCCAGCCCUUCCACCACGAGUCGGAUACCAUGGCUACCGCAACCACAACUGUGCUCGAGAAGCCUAACAUCGGCGUCUACACAAACCCCAAGCACGAUCUGUGGAUCGCGGAAUCAGCACCAACGUUGGAGGAUGUCAAGAGCGGCAACGGACUGAAGCCUGGUGAGGUUACGAUUGAGGUUCGCAGCACAGGUAUUUGCGGAUCUGAUGUACACUUCUGGCAUGCGGGUUGCAUUGGCCCAAUGAUCGUCGAGGGCGAUCAUAUCCUGGGUCACGAGUCGGCCGGUCAAGUGAUUGCGGUCGCUCCCGAUGUCACCUCCCUCAAGCCCGGCGAUCGUGUUGCUAUCGAGCCCAAUAUUCCUUGCCACGCUUGCGAACCCUGCCUGACGGGACGCUACAACGGCUGCUUGAAUGUUGCCUUCCUAUCCACACCCCCCAUUGACGGACUGCUGCGCCGCUAUGUCAACCACCCCGCCGUCUGGUGCCACAAGAUCGGCGACAUGAGCUUCGAGGAUGGUGCUCUGCUGGAACCCCUCAGUGUAUCUCUUGCGGCAAUUGAGCGCAGCGGACUCCGUCUGGGCGAUCCCUGCUUGAUUACCGGUGCUGGUCCCAUUGGUCUGAUCACCCUGCUCAGCGCGAAAGCUGCCGGUGCCACCCCGCUCGUCAUUACGGAUAUUGACGAAGGACGUCUGGAGUUCGCCAAGUCUCUUGUCCCCGAGGUGCGCACCUACAAGGUCCAGUUUGGUCUCUCUGCCGAGGAGCAAGCCAAUGCGAUUGUCAAUGUAUUCAACGACGGCCAAGGAUCCGGUCCGGAUGCCUUGCGGCCCCGCCUGGCGCUGGAAUGCACAGGUGUCGAGAGCAGUGUGGCCUCCGCCAUCUGGAGCGUCAAGUUCGGCGGCAAGGUCUUCGUCAUUGGCGUCGGCAAGAACGAGAUGACCAUCCCGUUCAUGCGUCUCAGCACACAGGAGAUCGACCUGCAGUACCAGUACCGCUACUGCAACACCUGGCCUCGCGCCAUCCGUUUGGUCCAGAACGGCGUGAUCAACCUGAAGCGCCUGGUCACCCACCGGUUCGCACUGGAGGAUGCCCUCAAGGCCUUCGAGACGGCCGCGAACCCCAAGACUGGAGCAAUCAAGGUCCAGAUCAUGAGCUCGGAGGAAGACGUCAAGGCUGCUUCGGCUGCUGCUCAGUAGACCUGACUUGGACUUGUCCAUACUGCUGGCGUUUAUGGGGUUAGAAUCGUUUGGGGUUGUUUUGUUGAUUCGUUUUUCAUGACACCGCGCAUACUGUCAUGUUCUUUGCAUUGCGAUGAUGACCAUGCCAUGUACUGAUGUUGAUGAUUACUAUAUGUGCAUCCAGGCUGAUAUAUAGACAUUUCGAAACUCUUUGUCAAAGAUUGGUUGAGUGGCUGGUGGCUCUGAUAGAUAAUGUCCUUCCUUUCAUAUGCGGUAAUGAGGCAAGUCUAACAGCGAGGUAGCUCAUUUUAAGU